AUGUAUUUUUUAAAUUCCACUGAAAUAAAUAACUCAAUCCAAAACAUAAGUCCAAAAUGUGAAAAAAAUGAAUUUUUUAUAGAAAGUGAUCCUUCAUCUGAAGAAAUAAGCGAUUUUAGUAGCUGCUCAAAUUGUAAUGAUAUAAAAACAAAAAAAUUAAAACAUUUAGAACAAAUAAUAUUUUUAAUUGAAUAUGAAGAAAAUAUGUUUUCGUCCCCUAACAGUAAGUCUGAAAUACAUACUACAAAUUGGUUUAUAAUAUUUCAAAGCAUAAUUGAGGAAUUAAAAUUUAAACUAUUUAAGAAUGAAAAUAUAAAGAUAUGUAUAAUAUUAUAUAAAAGCCAUAAAGUGGAUAAGAACUUUGUUUUUUAUAAACUAUGUUUUCUUUUUGAUCUGCAAUAUUUAAGUGUUAAUUUAAUCAAAGAUUUAAUAGAUAUAUCAAAAUUACAAAGUAUUAAUAUGUUUGAUAUAGAAGAAAAAAUUAAAAAUAAAAAAUUUCAAAGUAUAUUAUGUUCUUUUGAAGAUGUAUUAUUAUUAUUAAAUAGAAUAAUAAUUUAUAAUUCAACUGAUAAAAACGUAAUUUAUGUAAAUAAAAUUAUUUAUUAUACACAAACAGUUAUGCCUCAACAUUUAAACAUAAAUAUAUUAAAAAGAAGGUUAGAAUCAAUUGAAAAAAUAGGUGAAUUUUUUUAUAUAUGCUUAAAGAAAGAAAAAAAAAAGAAUAUAAAAAUUUUAGAAGAAGUUAUUGCAGAAAGUGUGUUCAAAAAUUAUAUAAAGAAAAAAAUAAUAUUAUAUAAAUUAAAAAAUUGCCUAAUGAAAAUAAUGUCUCUUUCGAAAAAUUACACCUCAAAUAUUUUGAGUAUAGUAAACGGGUUAAAUGUUCACAUAAAUAUUUACCUUUUAUCUAGUAAAGAAAAACAAAUAAAAAAUAUAGUAACUAUUGAUAAGGAAAACUCUCAGUUAAUCCCCAAAACAUUUUAUAUAGGUAAUUGUUCAUCUGAAUUUGAAAAAAAUGAGAAUUUAAAAUAUAUUAAUAUAGGAGAUUUAAAAGAAAUUAUAAAUGAUGAUGAAAAAAAAGCACUAUCAUAUAAUAACACAGAUUUUAUUAAAAUAACUCACUUUUUAAACUAUGAAUUUUUACAAAUAGAAAAUAAUAUAAGCUCUAAUUAUUUUAUUUUUCCUCAAAGUAAUUAUUAUCAUAAUAAAUAUAAAUUAAAAAAGAAUAAAAAUUUAACAGAAGAAAAUUAUUUUAAACAAAAAGAUAAAAGAAAUGUAGAAAUAUUUAAUUGCUUAUUAUCCUCUCUCAUAAAAAAGAAAAAAAUUGCAAUAGGUAUGUUUUUUCGUCACUCUUCUCCUUUAAGGAUUCUUUUAAUACCUUAUAUUCCACCAUCUGUAAAUAAAAAAAAGAAAAUGCCUGCUGGUUUUUUAUUAAAACAAUACCCAUUUUUUAAUGAUAUAAAAUAUAGAGAUUGCAAUUAUAUGAAAAAUAUAUUAAGCUUUAAUUAUUACUUUAAAAAUAAUGUAUCAAACUUUACAAACAAGUUUGUUAACUCAAAUAAAUACUUGAGUGAUAGCUCCAAAAAAAGCAAUACAAAAAAUAUUUCUCUUAAAAAAAACAUGGCAAAAAGAGAUAAAUUAUGUAUUGAUUUAAUAACGAAUAUAUUAAAAUACAUAGAAUCAGACGAUUUUAAUCCUUACUUGAUUCAAAAUAUUUAUAUGAACAAAAUUAAAAUGGCCAUUGAGAAUAUAAUUUUUAAUGAAAAAAAAAAUUACUCAUCUAAAUUAAAAUUCUUUUAUAAUUCAGAAUAUUUUAGAUUAAAAGAGUUUUAUUUAAAAAUUACUUCUAAUUUAGAAAGAAAUCUGAUUUCAAAAGAUAGAGAAUUUGAACAAGCAGCAUCAAAAAUUAAUGAAAUAAGAAAUGAUAUAUUUAAUGGUUCUAUAAAUAAAUAUAAGACUAGAGACUUACUUCUUUAUCUAGAGUAUUACAAUUUACCAAAAUAUGGAAAAAAAAAUGAUAUUAUUGAAAGAAUAAAAAAUCAUGUGUAUGUUCCUUAA